GAAAUGUAUAUAGUUCGUGUUACUUUAUGUAAAAUGUAGAAGUGAGAAACAGAAAACUUUCACAGGUGUUGUGUUGCAGGUAUCGACUGGCCUCAAUCAGCAUUACGACUCGAGUGUUGUAAAUACCAAGGCUUUAUGGAGAUGAAGGUACCUCUGCGCCUCUACACCUGGCAUCACCUGUGUGUCUCAGCUGACAUGACCAAAGACACCCAGUACAUGAUCUUCGACGGUGUGGUGCACGAGGCGUUAAUUCGUCGCCCAAGCGUCACACGUGAAAAGCUGACCAAGGUGAGAGGGGGUGGGAGGUUCCUGCUGGGACAAAACUACAACCCAGCAUCUGAUCUCCUCUUCAGUGAGGCCAUGCACGGUGACCUGGCAGACUUCAGGUUCUACGAUGUUGCUCUACCUACUGAACACCUGAGAGACUAUGUUGCAUGCAUGCCCAGAGGCGACUUGGUCUCCCCACUAUACUAUUUUGAUACCAACAUGACGAACCUGCAAUUAAGUGGUGAUAUUAAACUCGAUGAUAUAAGCCUGGACGACCUCUGCUCCUCGUCUCCAGAUCUGGUUAUGAUCUUGCCUGAGAAAAUUACCUUUGACCAAUCAGUGACCAUGUGCAGCUAUUUUACUGGGGGCGUCGCUGUCCCCACCGGUGAAGAGGAGAACGCUGCCAUAUAUGAUAAGUUUGAAGAUUUUAACAACUAUUGUGCAAACAGUUGGGGCACGACGUUCUGGUAUGGACUGAGGGCUAAUUUAUCAAGUGGAUGGUGGAUUAAAAUAUCAGACGGAAAACCUCUAACUUGGGACAAAUUUAUCGUGUCGUGGGCCAACCCAACAGAAGAGUACAGGUGCGUUAGUGCAGCUGCCAUUAACGUCAAGCACCUAUGGGCUGCAUCGCCGUGUGACAUCCGCCAGUGCCCAAUAUGCAACUUCACAACGACGCCCAAACUGCACUUACGUGGGCUCUGCAAGCUGUCGAAAUUUGACCGUUACUUCUCUCCGCAUGACUAUUACAGCUGGAAGCCAGUGUUUGAGGGUUUCUUCUUGAGCAGAAUUAUUUGGGAAAACGACACGUGGGUAAUCAAGAGCCGCCUGGAGAAGAAGGUGAAGGCGUUAAUGGCCAUUAAGAAGCUUGGAGACUACCCAUUCGGCCUCAACACCUGGGAGGUGCGAGAUGAUACUUGUGCUCAGAAACAGGUACAACUGCUGUUUACAUCAUGCGGUCGGGAUGACUUUACCUGUAGUGACGGUACUUGUAUCAACAAGACUAAGCGCUGUGACCAACAGGUGGACUGUCCUGAUAACACAGAUGAACUCAACUGUGAGGUCAUCACCUUCCCUGAAGGAUAUUCCCCAGAACUUGCUCCACCUGCAGUAAAUGCACCGCUCAUGACUCUUCAGGUUUCUCUCGAAAUUACAUCAAUCAGAAAUUUUGACUUAGUUGGAUUUAAUUUAGCGAUUGAUAUAAUUCAGAACAUCAAAUGGAAAGAUGCGAGGCUCAUCUUAAGGAAUCUUCGGCCAGGAGGUUUUAUCAACGUGGCUAAGUUGAACGAGAGGCUAUGGGAGCCGGAAAUCCUGGUGAGUGACGGAUCAAACAGCCCCACCGACAUACAUAUGAGGGGGGUGAAGUUAGUGGUGAAGCGGGACUCCGAGCCACUCCCAGACAACGACGUCCACUAUUCUGAAGACGAGCUGUACAGUGGCGCCGGGAACUGGGUGAUGUUGGUGCACCAGUACACAGUGACAGCCAUGUGUCAGUUCCAGCUCCAGGCCUACCCCUUCGACACCCAGAUGUGUUCUCUCAUGUUCUCCGUCCCUGACCAGUCUGUGGGCAACAUCCUCCUCCUACAGGAGGGGGUGUCGUUCUCGGGAGUAAGGAGACUAUUGGAGUACCAACUAGUUAACGAGACACUCGCCAUCUACGAUCAAGAGUCAUCCGCCCUGCAGUUACGUUUGGUGUUUAAGAACCAGUACGGUUAUUACAUCGGCAACGCUGUCAUCCCCAGCCUACUCAUGGCUUUCAUCUGUUACCUCACCUUCUACUUCGACAUGGAGGACUUCUCGGAUCGCAUCAUGGUGUCCCUGACCUCACUGCUUGUCUUAGCUUCUCUCUUCACCCAGACCAGCCAAUCCAUCCCUAAGACCGCUUACCUCAAACUUAUUGACAUCUGGUACGUCACCCUCAUCACCACAGACUUCUUCAUCAUAGUCAUUCUGGUUAUCAUCGAGAACCAGCGCAUGCGAGAAAAAACCCAAGGUGACUCUAUUACAGCUGGCUCGAGAAACUUAACGAAGGUAAUACCUGCAGAGUCCCGCACCCUCCCCACAGGAAGUAACGUGAUGAUUAAUACGUUUACUCCCCAGAAACAAAGGACGAGUACAGCCAAGAGACUCAACAGAGCGUCUCAGGUGAUGUUCCCGGUGGUGGCGAGUAUUGGGUGUUUCGGGUGGAUCUUCAACCACCUACAGGGUAUCUCGUCCUCCCACACUGAUUAAUUCUCAGUUAUUCAUGUGAGUGAGUUGUCUAGUAAGGAAUCUCAACUCUGUGUAUACUCAUGCCUAAUAUAUAAGCAGGGUGGUUUAGAUACAACCUACUGUAAUUGUAACAACAUAUGUAGAUAAAAACAAUAAACAGAUUAAACUAAAUUCAUAGGAAUACUGCAUUCACCUGGCAGUUCUGCCUUAACAUACAGCAGCCCCAUGUACUUUAGGCUAUGAAAGGAAUCGCAAUUCAUUGCCGCAGACGUCUAUGUUGGUGCUUUAUCUGUGCCGAAAUGAACCGCAACGGCGUUCCGGCACUUUUAUUUUUCAUGAGUAAAUUGUAAAUAUAAUCACAGAGCUAUCA